CGUUUACAAGUUUAUACGUCGAACUAUCAACAUCAUUCUACCUUUCUUUCUCUCUUUCUCUCAAAAUCCAAAAUGUUGUAAUUUGCAAUUCUUCAGUUUCCGUUUCUCUCCUGAGAAAUUUAUUGACUUCAAAAACCCUAAAAAGACUUGUGAUUGUUCGUUUCUCUAACUCGAAUGUUGAUCGUACGACGGUGAGUGAUCGUAGUACAAUGACGAAGAAAUCACAGCCGCAGAUUCCGCCUCCAUUGUCCCGUCGCGGCGGCGUCGUGUGGCUGGGAUGGAAACUCGUAAUCGCUUUCUCCGUCGCGCUUUGCCUUCUUGCUCUUCUUCGAAUCCAACUACAGUACAAUUCCUUCACGACAUUGUCGUUUCCACUCUCCGUCGCGAGAUCUCAGACACCGCUUCACAAAUACUCCGGUGAUCGUCCCAAGCUCGCUUUCCUUUUCUUAGCUCGCCGUGAUCUCCCACUUGAUUUUAUGUGGGAUAGAUUCUUCAAGGGAGUGGAUCAUGCGAAUUUCUCAAUUUAUAUACAUUCAGUACCUGGUUUCGUGUUCAAUGAAGAAACUACACGAUCACAGUAUUUCUAUAAUCGCCAAUUGAACAAUAGCAUUAAGGUAGUAUGGGGAGAAUCAAGCAUGAUUGAAGCAGAAAGAUUGUUGCUUGCAUCUGCUUUAGAGGAUCACUCCAAUCAAAGAUUUGUUCUUCUCUCUGACAGAUGUGCUCCAUUAUAUGACUUUGGCUAUAUAUACAAAUAUCUUAUCUCUUCACCGAGGAGUUUUGUGGAUAGUUUUCUUCAUACUAAAGAGACACGGUACAGUGUGAAAAUGUCUCCUGUCAUACCUGAAGAGAAAUGGCGAAAAGGAUCCCAGUGGAUAGCUUUGAUCAGAAGUCAUGCAGAGGUCAUUGUAAAUGAUGGUAUCGUAUUCCCAGUUUUUAAGGAAUUCUGCAAGAGAUGUCCACCUUUAGGUACCAAUGAGGCAUGGUUGUUUCUUGUAAGUGCUAUUUCAAAGUUGGUAUUUUUCAUUUAAUACCAGCCUGAAUGUUUAUGUUGAUUCUUUGUGUUGGUUUCAAAACAAUCUCAACAGUGUCUUUUCUGUAGUCUAUGAAUACUUCUCUCCAUUGAUUAACCUCUUUCUUUAUUAAACAAAUGGGGAAACUUUUAUUACGUUUGAUGUGAACUCAGAAACAGAAGCGACGCAACUGCAUCCCCGAUGAACACUAUGUGCAAACAUUGCUUACGAUGCAAGGACUAGAGAGUGAAAUGGAACGAAGAACAGUGACAUACACUGUAUGGAACGUUUCAGGUACAAAAUAUGAAGCCAAAUCUUGGCAUCCCGUCACUUUCACAUUGGAAAACUCCGGCCCUGAGGAAAUAAAAGAAAUAAAGAAAAUAGACCAUGUCUAUUACGAGUCUGAAUCUCGAACGGAAUGGUGUAAGGCGGAUUCGAAACCCGUCCCAUGCUUUCUCUUUGCAAGGAAGUUCACGAAUGAAGCUGCUAUGCGCAUUGUGAGUGAAGGACUAAUAGGAUCAUCAGCAAACAAAACCUUAUAACUUUGCAACAGUGUAAGCAAGUAGGUCAAGCAACAGAGCGUAUACAUAGAGUAGGAAUAGCAUUGAUACAUUACAAACAUCCCUCAUGAGGUUUAAUGGUUUAUGAUUAUAUAUGACGCUUAGUAAAAACUAAUAAUCAUUCUUCAUGGAUAAUCUUGUGUUUGGGUGUUAAAAUUUCUAUGUGUAUAUGUCUGAAGAAACUGGCUUCGAUUAAUAGAAUAUGUUAAUAGCAAA